CUUCACAUUUUCUUCCCAUUCCUAAUAUCUGUCACUUGAAACAAUUGGUGUAUGACAAGUGACAAGACAUCACUACGAAAACCAUAAACCACCAAUAAUUGUUGAAGCCUUGACUCUAAGAGCAAACAAUUGUUGUGUUUUCAUGUGACAGUAGUAGUGGCCGACUUCGAACAUUGUUGAUUCAAUAAUUGUGAAAGAUGCGGGUACGGGAUCGAAGAUGCAAACCAUUGCUUCAUCAUUUGUCUCUUAGCUAGAGGAGUGUGGAACUUCAUUGCGUGGAUCCGGGCUUCUUAUGCUGUAUACGGUUUAGUUGUCAAGUCUGCACUAAACAAAGGGUUGAAUCAUUACAGUUUUUCUGUUUACAGAAACGCAUAUGCAGCUCUCUUCUUAGGUCCUUUUGCUUUCUUCCUCGAGAGGAAUGUUAGGCCAAAGAUGACAACCUCCAUCUUCCUGAAGAUUAUGUUGCUGGGAUUACUAGGGCCUGUGAUAGACCAGAACUUGUUCUUUGCUGGAUUGGACCUUACAACAACGACUUUUGCGAUGGCUAUGCGCAACAUCGUUCCGGCCAUUACUUUUGUUAUGGCUUGGAUCUUUAGACUUGAGACGGUGAAGAUGAAGAGUUUACAUAGCCAAGGGAAGAUCAUAGGGACAUUAGUGACGGUCGGAGGAGGCAUGAUAAUGACACUAAUAAGAGGCCCUUCAAUUCAACUUCCUUGGACAAAUCACCAUACUCUUCAUCAUCAAACUUCCGUUAACAGUACUGCUAGUACUAAAGAUCAAAUCAAAGGAUCUCUCAUGAUCACUGCCGGUUGCUUUUCUUGGGCAAGUUUCGUCAUUGUUCAAGCACUUACAUUGAAGUGUUACCCAGCUGAGCUGUCUCUCACAACACUCUUGUGUAUGAUUGGCGCAUUGGAAGGGGCCGUACUUGCUGUUGUAGCUGAGAGAGCCAAUGCCUCAAUUUGGUCAAUUAACUGGGACAUCAAACUAUUUGCCACAAUUUACAGUGGAAUUAUGUGUUCUGGAUGUGCAUAUUCCAUAUCUGGGAUAGUAAUGCGGGAGAGGGGACCAGUUUUUGUGACCGCUUUCAACCCUCUUGGGAUGGUUUUUAUGGCCAUUUUAGGGUCUUCCAUUUUAGGCGAGAAACUGAACUUGGGAAGUGUUCUUGGAGCCGUACUCAUAGUCGUUGGCUUAUAUGUAGUCCUAUGGGGCAAGAACAAGGAUCAAAACCUACAAGACCAAGAGUCAUCGAUAGAUCCGCAACACAGUGAUGGCAUGAAGAAACUGAUGUUAAAACACAAACACAAUGUUGUUGAAUCUUCUGAGGAAAAGUGUAGUAACCAUGAAUCUGUUUAAGGAAUGAUAAUCUAUGAAAUAAAAUGUAGUAACCAUGAA